AUGGAUCAGGAUACGUCCGAUAAUUGGCGAAAUCGGGGCGCUCUUAUCGUCGUAGAAGGACUCGACAGGGCGGGCAAAUCAACACAGUGCGCACUCCUGACAGAGAAGCUUCAAAAUUUGAAUCACAAGGCUAAAUACAUUCGCUUCCCAGACAGGACCACGUCGGUUGGGAAAAUCAUUGAUAGUUAUUUGCGGGGUGAAGCCCAACUCGAUGACCAUGCCAUCCACCUACUUUUCUCGGCAAAUAGAUGGGAAUUGGCAUCAAACAUACGCAACGAUAUUUCCAGCGGUAUAACAGUAGUCAUUGAUCGCUACUCGUAUUCAGGCGCUGUCUACUCAGCCGCCAAAAACAACCAAAGUCUCUCCCUUGAUUGGGCCUGGUGUCCAGAAGUAGGAUUGCCACGUCCCGAUAUAUGGUUUUUCCUUAAUAUCUCGCCAGAGGAGGCUAAAAAACGAGGAGGGUACGGCCUGGAAAGGUACGAGAAUGCUGCUCUUCAACAACGAGUCGGCGAGUUAUUCAAAUCCCUGGAAACCAUGCAGAACAACGAAGAAAUGCGGGUAAUUGAUGCUGGUCGUCCCCAGGAUGAGGUAGCGCAGAAUAUCCUUUCUCAAGCUCUUGCAGCAAUAAACCAUCUGGCCGGACCGUUGAGGAAUCUCGAAUCGUGGCGUUUUCAACAGCAAAUUACCUCUGAAUGA